CAACACGUAAUGGCCGGCGCUGAUAGGGACAAAAAGGAGUUUAAAAAUUGGGUUCGCGGUGCGACGGGUCUGUUGUACUUACAGGAAGGGCUUCAAGACGUUGUUAGCGAUAAAGUCCUGCAGUGCCGUGACGACUCCGUGCAGAAAUUAACAAGCUCACCAACGGUAUCUUUAAAUCAAUGCAAUCAAUGUACGGCUCUAAACCUUUUACCAGAACACGCAGAUCUGCAAAAUGGUUGUGGCAAAAGCAAAGGCAAAUGUAAACAACAUAAUCCUAGAAAUUGUUUUGGAAGUAAACCGAAGGGACGUAGAAAGUGUCCGAAUGGAAUAUGCAGUAAGCUAUAUGAUGCAAUUGUGGACAAACAUUGCUUUGAAGAUCCACUGUGGAAGAAUACUGACCCAAGCACGUGGUGUUCGGAUCGUAACGGAUGGAGCUUUGCCAAAUGUUUCCAAACGACUCCAAGCAAAGGAACCUCUGCGGACACAACAGAUGCUGCAGGCCUACUAAGCAUACUUCUAAAUAACAAGUCGAUACAGAACUGGCUAGCCUGUAAAGACAUGAAAACAUAUACUACUGCAUGUCCUUUCUACAAAGCAAGAGCCAUCCGCAAUGAGAUUCUACAUAGUCCAAAGUUCGAACUUGGGGAGCAGACUUUGAACGAUUACUUAGAUGCAUUCAUCAAAGUACUACAAGAUCCAAAAUGCCUGAUAUCGGAUGAAGGGUCAAAACAAGCUGUAGCUAAACUAAAACAGUUGCAGAAAAAUCAAAUAAAUAUCAGCUGGGAAGAUGAAACAAAAUUAUUCCAAAUGCAUAAGGAAGCUUUGUCGGAAUUAGACGAAAGAAAAUUUGAAGCACUGCAGGAAAUUGAUGACAGAAAGGUAUCAGUUUUGUCAGCAGUAGAUAGUGCAAGAAGAGAUGCGACAAAGGAAGUAGACGACUCGACAAAGGCUGUUUUAAGCAAAGUAGAAGAGGUAGGGAAAGAGGUAAAAGAGGACAUAGAAGAUACGGCAAAAACUGCUUUGAGUGGUGUAAAAGAGGCGGGGAAAGGAGCAAAACAGGACUUAGAAGAUACAACAAAAUCUGCUUUGAGCGAGAUAGAAGAGGCAGGGAAAGGAGCCAUACAGGACACAGAAGGUACGACUAAAGCUGCUUUGAGUGGAAUAGAAGAGGCAGGGAAAGAAGCAAAACAGGAUAUAGAACACACGACAAAAACGGCUUUGUCAAAAAUAAAAGAGGCUGAAUAUGAUAGCAUAAAAGAAAUUAGAAAGCAAAAACAUGUG